AUGACGGGGCCCGCCCUGCAGGCCGACGAAAACCUUUUCCACUCGGAUGGCGACAAAUUGGUUGCUGCCAUUCAGGGCUUGGCGGACAAGUUGCGUGAGAUGAUUGGAAAAGAAAGUCCCAAAGUGGCCGAAAGGCUAGCAGAAGGGGACAUUAACUACUUGCCCAUGCUUGUACAGAACUGGCUUAUUGACAUUUUCCUGCACGUGCUGCCCACAGAAGCAGCCGCGCGUCUUUGGGACCAUGUUUUGGCGUCCGAAGGAGUGCCAUUAAAAUUCGCAAUGCAAUUGCUCCUAUCUGGCAAACAAGCCACUUGGCCUUCUCUCGGAGUCUUCUCAAUGUGUUUAGUGGGGUCUUGA